UGAGACGCUGGCAAUACGCGCUGACAGCCGCCGCCGUAAGCGUCAGGUCCCUCGACACUUGACAUCACUGAGGCCAAUCCCCCACCGCCACAGCCCGACGUCACAUCGCAUCGGAGGCUCCCGCCCAACGUGGCGCUGCCUCAACCCGCGACAACCUCACCUCCUCCACGUCUGCCACCUUCUUCCACUCCUUCUCCUCUGCGUGAGCGGACGCACGCCAACGCCACCACAGCAUGGACACGCCAGGGCGGCGCGACGAUCGCCGCGACUCCUCGCAAACCCUCAUCUCACUACUGCAGCUCGAUCCGUCGCCCAUCGAUUCGCCGACAGAGACAUCGCCGCCGACGCCAUUGAGCGACCAAGAGCCGUCGCAAACAUGGGACGAGGCCAGCGCGAACGCCGACAAGGCCGGCCCGACCGCAGGCGCCCCAGGUCUGAGCGGUAGCGGCGGGCAUGGCGCCAUCUUCUACCGUUUGUCUCGCCCCCGUUCCCUUGAGGCUGGGCUACUUGGCUCAGCUCGCCAGGUACUUUUGUCGAGCGACCGAGCGAGUGCUAACUACUUGGUGGGACGGAUCCAGUGACGCGCAUCCAGCGAUACUCGAGCUACGCCAUGUCUGUCUUCAUGUCGCUGCAUCUCGCCAACGUCUCCCUCAUCCCCGCCGUGACGCGCUCCGUCGCUGGCUCCGAAACAUACCUCCUCAUGACGCGCGAGAUCUACCAGACGAGCCUGACGGAGCCGCUGCUGGUGGCGCUGCCCAUGGUCGCGCACGUCGGGGCGGGCGUGGCGCUCCGGCUGCUGAGGCGGUGGCAAAACAUGAAGCGAUACGGGGGCGGCACGCCAGGCCUGUACGGGCUGCGGCGGAUGCUGCGCGGCUACCCCGGGUCCAAGGUCCGUCUGUGGCCGCCGCUGAGCUACAUCUCCAUAUCCGGCUACGCCAUGACCGUCUUUUACGGCGCGCACGUCGUCGUCAACCGGCUCCUGCCGCUGGCGGUAGAGGGCGACAGCUCCAACAUCGGCCUCGCGUACGUGGCGCACGGCUUCGCCCGGCACCCGGCGACGGCGUGGCUCGCGUACGUGGGCCUGAUCGGCGUCGGCUGUGGGCACAUGGUCUGGGGCAUGGCUCGGUGGCUCGGGGUGGCGCCGUCGACGCAAGGGUGGCUCGGUAAAGACAGCGUCGCCGUCGACAGGGUGACGAAGCGACAGCGGCGGCGCAAGUGGCUGACGGUCCACGGCGUCUCGCUGGCGCUGGCGGCCCUGUGGGCAGUAGGCGGACUGGGUGUCGUCGCGCGCGGCGGGCCAGCAGACGGAUGGAUCGCAAAAGCGUACGAUGAGCUGUUUGCGAGGGUGGGAAUGUGACGAGUAACGAGACCUAGGCAGGCUUGUACGGACUGCGUUAGUACAGAGGCGGAGCGGCAUCGGGCAGGGCGCAUCUCGGGACGGGAGUCGAUUUGUGACCAGAGUCUUUCGGGCCAUGUACGAGGAGUAGUAGAUACAGGUAGUUGGUUUACAAUGCACGAUGCUGCAAAGCAGCUCGCUUGGGAAGAGAAGCGAUGCCCCGCA